GUCCAACCUAACAGCAGCAUCCGGCUCUCCUAGCAGGCAAAUUCUACGCCAAUCAGUCUGAGAUGGUACUGGAGAUCCCCCCUGCCCCGGGAGUGAACCAGGCAGAGCCCUGGUCCGUGCAGUGCAGGCUGCAGAUGAUGUCACCUGGACCGAUAGUACCCCCGAGUUCAUGCUGGAAUGUGUGCGGACCUGUACAAGUACACAGAGCGUGGUAUGAGCCAGCCGGCACACCCAGGAGGCUGUCUGAACCCCCAAGGGUUGGACCUCAAGGUUCAUCACUUGAACGACGUACUCGGCAAUGUGUGUCAUGUUACCCCCUUUCUCAGCAAAAGGAACUUUACACAUGGGAUUAAGUUAAAGAUCCUGAGAUGGAGAGAUUAUCCUGGGUGAUCCAGUGGGCCCAAUGUUAUCGUAAGUUUCCUAUAAGACAGACGCUGAAGGUUCAGAGUCAGAGAAGCAGACAUUCUGACGGAAGCCGAGGGUGGAGUGGUGGGGGUCGCAUGCCGGUGGCACAAGGCAAGGAAGUGGAAUCUGCCUUGGAGCUUCCGAAGGAACGAAGCCCUGCUGACGCCUUGACUUUGGCCCAGCAAAACUAAUUUCGGAUUUCCAACCUCUAGAACCGUAAGACUGGAGUAUGUCCCCACUCCUCCGUGUGACCCGAAGGGGAGCGUCCAGGCUGAAAAAGCUUUGAGCUGAGCAGGAUGUAAACCUUGGUCACAGCUGGACCAGAAAUUGCCCCCCAAGAGGACCAGUGCUGUGACCAUGGUGGGCAGUUGCUUCCCUCAGGGCAGGGCUGGAGCUGUGGAUCUAUGGGGCUGAGAGCCAAGGGCGACCUGGGAUCCAGCCGGGUGGGCCCUGCCAUGGGUGGGCAUGCCCUCAGCAGGUGAGGGGACGAGGCGCCACCAAGCUCCCCUUGCCGUUUUGUUUUUGGUUCACUCUCUUUUUCAGCAGGUUCUUCCCCUUUCCCAAUAACUUUGCAACCCAAAAUGAAGAAGUGGCAGAGGAAGGAAACAAGUAACAAAAUACAGAUGGGAAGUGACCGUGUCGAGGCCGGGAGCUCCUAGGCCAGAUGUCAGAAGAUAAGGAUCUGGACAUUCCCGGGCUGGGGAGAUUGGACCGCCAGUCUGCUUGUAGCUCCGCCCCCUCUCUGCCUCAGGGCUUCAAACUAGGAAGUAUCUAGAAGAUGAAAAAGGAAGUAGGUGAGAGACAGAAACACAUAGGAAACUUGAGCAAGUAGAAAGUGGACACCGCAGUCUCUGUCGCAAACACCUGGAUUACAGCAGGGACCUGGAUUUGCUGGGGACGCCAGCCAGAGAGACAGGACCAUGUGGCUGUCCCCAGUUCUGCUCCUUCUCUGCCUCUCAGGCUCUUUGUCCCUGACGGGCCCCAGCUCUGUGACGGGCACCUUGGGUGGCUCUCUGAGUGUGCAGUGUCGGUACGAGGAGGUAUACCAGAGCUAUAGCAAAUACUGGUGCCGAGGACAGUAUGACGCAACAUGUGAGAAGAUCGUGGAGACCAAGGGAGAAGGGAAAGAAGAGAGGAGUGGGCGUGUGUCCAUCAGAGACCACGCUGAUCACCUCAGCUUUAUAGUGACCAUGGAGAACCUCACUGCAGACGAUGCUGGAUCCUACUGGUGCAGAAUUCAGACAGUAUGGCUCCUGGAUGUGUGGUCACGUGACCCUUCAUUCCACGUUAACGUGUUUGUUUCCACAGCACCAAGUAAAACCACAGGGAGGACCACAUGUCAGGCUGUACCUGCUGCCUUUCCGGGGCUGAACACCAAGCAGAACCUCAGCACGGAGGAGCUGUUGACCUGCUGCUCAGGGUCCUUGCUCAGCAGUGUCGACUUCCUGCUCCUGGUCUUCUUGAAGCUUCCCCUGUUCCUGACGUUGGUUGGUGCUGUCCUCUGGGUGAACAGGCCUCUGAGGGGCUGUGGAGGAAUAGAGCCGAAGGAAGAUAAUCCACAAUGUAGUGCACCGUCCCCAGGAAGGCCCUGUCCAGGAACGUAGCCCCUUGGACUGGACAAGAGAGACGUUCAAACUCCAGACUCCAGGGCAGGGGGAGCUGCUGUGCCUGGAUCCUGGAGGGACCCAGGUCUUCUUGGGGGUAGGGGUCCUGUGUCUCGAGGGAGAAUCCUGGUUCUCAGAGGACAUUUGCUCCGGUGCAGGAAGGAUGAGUCUCCCGGGCUCAUGCUCGGGGGUCCUCCGUUCUCCACCCCCGAUCCCCUAGCUCCUUGCCCUCAUGCCUACCUCCCAAGGGCAAGAAUUUCUUGCCACAAAAGCUUCCGGGUUCAGUGUUCCCCCAGGGCAAUAACGACCUCUUUCCUGCAGCCAGGAGGCUCCCUGGGAUGGCAUGUUGCCACAGCCACCAUGGGGCACACCAGUCCUGGGAAGGACUCAGGUGGUUUUGAGUGCAUGUCAAUGUGCAGGGAGGGACACAGUCUGUCACAAGCACGCGUCUCCAGCUCCACUCAGCUCCUUGCAUCUAGACCAGCCCUCUCGUCUCUGCCACGCAAAGCCAGUGAUGCCAGUUUCCAGAAAACACUCGAGCUCCUCAGUGCUGCAUUUACAGGCAGGGAGGCCAUGCUUAGAACCUGAGCUCCCGCGUGGCUUCUGUUAGGGGAGGACACCUCGUGACACCUUCCAGGAGAGCUGGCACUGGUCCAGGACUCCAACCAAGGAGAAAUUCAGCCAAAGAGGCACAUACGGGCCAUGUGAUAAAACACACACAAGGCGAUGUAGGAAACACAACGCUGGGCAAGAGAGAAGCUUGUGAUGUACUUUAUUCUUUCUCAAACUCAUUUUGAAGUACUCUAGUUUUGUCACCUUUCCGUGUAAAUGUUAGAGGAAGCUUGUCUUUCUCUACCAAGACAAUCUUGCUGGGAUUUUGAUAGGAAUCGUGUUAAACUUACAGAUUGAUAUUGGGGGAGCUGACAUCUCUCCUGUGUUGAUAAUGUGGUACCUCUCGCAAUUUGUUUAAAUAGUUCUUGUCUUCGGUCAUCAGAGUCUUGUAAAUUCAGUACAUGGAUGCUGCAUAUAUUCCGUUAAAUCUGCAGCCCGUGUUUCUUCUUCUUGUCCAGCAGCUGGGACUAGCACCGUGUGUUUCAAUUCAGUUUCUACAGGCUCGUUGCUAGUAUAGAAAUAGGACUCUGUGUGUGUGUGUGUGUGCGUGUACAUGUAUGUUUGUGUGUGUAUAUGUGUAUGUGCGUCUGUAUUGAUCUUUUCUCCUGUAGCUCAUUAAACUCAUUUUUAAAUUCUAGCAGUUGGUAUUUUUGUGUGUGUGUGUGUGUGUGAAAUCCUUAGGAUUUUCUACAAAAUUAUGUCAUCCGCACAAAUGGACAAUUUUCUUUCUAGUCUGUGAGCUUUCAUAGUGUUCUGGAAGCCUUAGGGAGCCUCUGGAAGGUCUUAGACACUCUGGUGCCCACGCAGGACCUGCUGUUCUCCAGUAUUUCUGCUUUUUAAAAGAGAAACCAGAAGUGAAAUUUUUUGUGUUUUUGUGUAGGCAACAAACUCUAUUUAAAAAAUAAUAUUGUGACCCCCCAAAAAACACAUUCACAAGUUCAUGCGAUUGAUGGAUGUAGUCUGUGACCUGUGAGUACAGCAGAGAAAUGGCAGGACGUCGUUGCGUCUGCCUAGUGUUUACACCUGGGGCCAUAUGGAGCCCAGCAGGCUUGAGAACUGACCUUUCAAGUACACAGAUGGGCUUGCAGGGACGCCUGUGGACGAGCCCCAGGUUGGUUCCGGGGCAGAUCCAAGUCUGUUCCCAGGCCUUACGAAUGGGGCCGGGGCCUCAGCCCUUCUGGGCUCCUCGUUUUUUAAUGUGACAUGAAGACACUAGAUUAAUAUUCUUCCAGAGGCAUCUGGGGGGGCAUAGUCAGUUGGGCAUCUGACUCAUGGUUUUGGCUCAGGUCAUGAUCUC